GAAAAUCAAACUGAUAAGGAGGACAAAGACACAAAAGUCAUGUUGUCCCUCCCACUCCAUUUUUGUAUUUCAGUCAGAUGAGGUCAUCAGGCGCCAACCUGUGUAUUAAUGAUGCAACAGCAGAGGAAUGUUGGACACGGCGUCCCUGGACACCGCCUGGACGUCAGGGGACAAGAACAAACCAGAAAAGACUUCAGUUUUAGAAAGAUGGAAAACAGCUGUGAUAAAACUGUGACCAAGGGUAGAAAGACAUGGUGAGAGGACAGUGGAUGCCAACAGGAGGAGGAGGAGGAGGAGCAGAGAUGAAGGAGGCAGAGGAGGGACUCCACUGUUCACUGUGCCUUUAAAGCAGCAAGCCCCUCCUCCACAGAGCCGAGCCGAGCCGAGCAGAGCAGAGCAGAGCAGCGGAGUGGAGAUGGCAGCAACCUGAGCCCCACCAUAAACUCUGGCAUCAGCUUCCCUUCAUCCGGCAGUCAGCAAGGACAGAGUGAGGGCGCAGGGGCAGAGAGACAGGGACACGGGAGGACUGAUAGAACGGGCUGAGACAGACACGAAGAGAGAGAGAGAGAGAGAGAGAGACGCAGGCGUGGAGAGAGUGUCAUCGGAAUCAGACAGAUUCUUCUUUGCAACAGCAUCUUGGCAACUCUCUCUGCGCUGCUUCCUGUGCAGGCUGACUGUGACAGGGACGACGACGGGGGCUGGUUCUCAGCAGCCAUGGGAUCUGAGUGAUGGUACCGGCAGCAGGAGCAGCUGCAGGAGCAGGAGCAGCUGCAGGAGCAGGAGCAGGAGCACGAGCAGGAGCAGGAGCUGCCCUCACCACUCUGGCUCUUAGUCAUCAUCAGCCUCCUCUCUCUAUUCUCCCAGAGCUCUCAGGGCCAUUCAUCGCUCCUUUCUCAUGCUGCCUGCCUCCUCUUCCUCCUCCUCCUCCUCCUCCACAGCUUUAUCCUCCAGUUCUACUCCUCCUCUGAUGAGACAUAACCUCAGAGUUAAAUAACCCUGCUGAUAAAAGGCUCUCUCUGUCAAGACAGUGCCAUGAGUGAUUGGCCAGCACGCCCAGUGGCAGUGGCAUCGCCCUGGAAUUGGCGAGCAGCUCUCUCCCCUGCCUGCUGUACGGGGCUCCUCUGGGAAGCCUGGACUGGAUUUAUUCUGUGUGGCUGGAUGGCUCUGCACUCACUGCCUCAUUGAAAAGAGUUCAGAGAAAAGACACACACUACACGGAUUAGAAGUCAAAUAAUUAACCAAUCACAGCACAAGAAGGCAGACUGGGUUCCCGUAGCAACAACUGAAGGAGAGAAGAGAAUCCUUUACUCUUUCUGCUCCCUGGGUUUCAGGGCACAGCCCAUGUGGACUGCUGGGGGUCAGCGUUUCACUGGAAAGAGCUCCAGCCCAAAUUCCCCAAAUUCCCAGGGAAGGCACUUGUUCACCUUCCAGCCCUCUCUGUAACUGUGUCUCAUCAACAAUGAUUGUUUCGUUAUCCCUUCACAAGUCACGUUCCGCCGGCUUAGAAAUCAAUUCAUCCUGAUCCCACAGCCCCUGGAAUCAGCCCCGCUCUGGGCUGAUAUUAGAUGCUCUACCUUUUAUUCUGGCCUGGGAGAGAAAUGAAGGACAACUCCAUUAAGUCAUUAUUUGAAAAGAACACGGACUUGAGGCAGAGUUUAUUUUGACACAAGUUUCUACUGAGAAUCUUUUUUAUUCUUCUUUUUUUUUUUUCCUGGAGGGAAUGGCAAAUUGCAAAGAGGAAUAAUCCCCCUUUUUGAACAGGAUUUGUCCUUCCUUUAUAUAAAGACAGUAACCCUCACUGAGGGACGACACUGAGACGGAAAAUCUCGUCCCCUCUGGCUAACAAUAAUGUAGAACAGGAUAAUUUUGAAAAUUGAGCCACUGCUGGGAGUUCUAUUUUUCUAUCUAUGCUACGUAGCUCGUUAGCCUGCGAUUACACCACUGUGUAUCACCAGUAAAACACACUGUUCAGGACAUUUUGAAGCAGAAGUCUUUUGGUUUGUUUUUUUCCCCUCUGUGUAGACAGGCUUUUGAAAAAGCAUCUGCUGGAGAACAGUUUCAGACAAACACCAUGACACCACGAGCCGGUUCAACAUGAUUAUGUAAAAACUAGCUGCAGACGCCGUUUCUUUCCUUUUUACCUUUCAAUGGAUUUACUGUGCUCAUCUUCUCCAAUGCUCGAUUCAUCCUCAUUCUUGGAAGCCUUUGGGCAUGGAUGUCACAGAGUGACCGUGUGCCCAGUGUGUGGGAGAGGCAAGGUGUUUUGGCUGCCAAGGUGCUUUUAAGAUGUUGAGAUCUCCCUGCGUGAACGGGGCCCCUGUUCGGAUCAGUAGCACCGAGGCUCCUUGUAGCCAAAGACAUGGACCCCGACUCGGCUCCCCCACGCCCACAGCCUGUUGGCCGCUGUCCCCACCUCACCCUGUAAAGGAUGUCCCUCAGCAGAGCUCCGGCCCGGGACACCUCUGAGACCCCCAGCCCGAGAGAACGCAUCCGCAGCCACAUGAAGAUGGUGAUCGAACAGUUAGAAGGCAUUUUGAUAGAGCUCAAGGAUGUGGCCAAGGAACUCCGGGAGGUGGUGGGUCAGAUUGAUAAACUCACGUCCGACAUUGACUUUGACCUGGAGCCAGACGACUGGACAGUGGCCACGGCCAGCAGCACGUCCAGCAGUGAGCGAGGUCUGGGUGAGGCCUUCAGGCUGGACUUUCUCAACACAGACAUGCUCUCUGACAGCUGGGAGUUCUGCAGCUACCUGGAAGCCGCCGGCGCCGCGGCCCGCAGACACGGGGAGCAACCAGGAGACCUACGAGCAGACGCUGGUCGAGGGACCAUACCCACCCAGACGCAGAGCCCCACACCGCCCCCUACCACUGCCUCCGUCUACUCCCAGAUGAACGGCGGGCUGCCCAUACCCAACGGGCCUCGAAUCAUCACGCCGGACUCCUCCAGCGAGGAGGCGAGCAGCUCCACGCACAGUCACAAGACUUCUCGUACCUCGGGCACAAGAGAAAGGGUGCGUUUUAGUGACAAAAUUCUGUACCACGCGUUGUGCUGUGAUGAUGACGAGGAGGAAGAAGAGCAGGACGAGUUACAAGACAAGAGUGGCUGUGCUACGCCAGACGGCGACACCGGGCCCGGCCUCCUGGGCGGCGCCGUCACACCUAAACGUUCUUCCUCUGAGCAUUCACUCCUCUAUAACUGUCUGGACGCUUCCUACGUCUCGUCGCCAGUGAAGGGAACGACGGGCGCUCACACACUACCCAGGAAAAGUCUCUUAAAUCCCGGCUGCCGCAAAAAACUUUUACGAAACAGCAGCACACAAACUGUCUCUGACAAGAGCACCCAGACUGUACUGCCCUAUGUUCCAACCAAACAGAAAACGAAGGAGCAGUGAAAAAAUGAUCAUGGAUCUCAUGAGAAGAGUACUGUACAUGAUUUAAUAUUAAUUACAUAGCUCAUAGAUUAAUACACAAAUACUUAAUUACUAAAUAAAUAAAUGAUAUAUGGAAAAAACCACUUGACUACCUAAUGUCAUUCUGAAGCUCAGGGAAAACACAAUGACAUGAAGUGAAGUUUGAAUUUUCUGCUGAAUGUUGGUGCCAGUAAACAUUUAGAGACAAACAGAAAAAAAAGGCUUUUCCUGUGGAAUAUUCUGAUGAGAAAAAAAAAAUUUGGUUUUGGAAAUCUAAAAGGCGAGGUGAAAGAAGUUUGACGCCCAGGUCCAAGAGAUUCAGUCAAAAAAGAACAAGUGUUCAUUUAAUGUGUUUCCAAUGCUGCACAUCCUGUACUGUGAAUCUGUACCACAUCCUGUUUUCAUGUUCAUGUUUUCCUCAAGUGUCCAGGGGUUCACUGUUUUCAGCAGAUGCAAAUUUCCACUGUGUUUUUAUUGUCAGCAAAUAUUUUAAGAGAAGAGCGAGAGGAAACGAGCGAAGAAAAAAGAAAAAAAACAACAAUUUAUUUGCCCGUGAUUUUAUAAAUCAUCUCAAUGUAAUCUCUUCUCAAUGUGGUCUCUUGCCGGUGAACAUGUAGGAACAUAUAGGUGGGAAGAGGAAAACUCAAAUAUAUAGGGUUUAUAUAUAUGGGAAGUCCUUUGAAGAAGUGAACUUUUCCAUUUUCUAUCUUUUCUUUUCCACCGGACUCUGCUGAUGCCAUCGGGCUCAAGAGUUCUGCUAAAUGGCAGCUCUAAAAGUGGCUGAAGGGGUUUGUCUCUCUGUGCAUUAACCCAGCGGGGGGUGAACCUGGGGGAGCAGUGUUUCAUUCACAGGGCCAACACCAAUAGCGAUCCGUGAUCAAUAUGUUAGAGGGAGGCUGCGGCUCGAGGUCUCUCAGCUGAGCCUUCCUGCCACUCUCCUGGGAGAAAUGAACAAAGGCUCACAGUCAGAUUUAUUUACUGACACGGAGCGGGAGAAAAAUUAGAACUGUGUCCAUAAAGGACUGACAUUUCACACACACAAAAACGCGUCGAGGACUAAGAGCUGACGUUUCUGUUUAAAGAUUUUUUUUAACCAAGCAAUAAUCCGUCCACGGGGGACGGCUUUGAAAGGCAUCUCCCCAUGAACACUCCACUCUACUUCCCCAAUGUUUUUGUUCCAGUUUGAAAGUUUAAAUCCCGUAGUUUCACAGACAAAGACGAAGCUGACCUGUGGUUCACUGAAGUUCUGACGCAGACUUUAAAAGGUCAACCUGCUUUUAAAACAUGUGAAAUACUCUGACUGUUAUGGAAGGAAUUACAUUUUGGUGUUUUGGCCAACACGGUGCUGAAUGUCUCCUAUAUGUCCUCACUUAUAUGAAAACACAAAGGCGUUUCUUAAUUAUCUUCGUGCCUUUAGUAGAAACAAAGUCAAACUCCCACUUUUAUUCACUACAUAAAAGAGAGACACGGUUUUAAAAUGUAAAUUUAGCAUCAACCAAGGCAGAAACAGGGAAACAAACAAGCAAAAGAAAAAAAGUCAAACCCGACCACCUACGUCUUUAUUACUGCAGAUUAAGAUUAUUAGAAUAUAUAAAAUUCAACUUCCCUCCAGUUUCACUUUAGUCACAACUAAAGUUUUAAACCCUGGCCUGUUUAGUUGAAGAGAACCCUGAAAUACUCUCAGGAAUUGAAGAAAAACAGACAUGAAGAUCUUAUACAACAGUAAAACAGUCAUUCAUCUGUACAUCUAUGUGAAUCACCACGGCUGCUGCUGCAACUACCAGAGGGGCAACUACCAGAGGGGCAACUAUGGUGUGCUGCUCCAAAACAACAGAAGAACCAACAGUCGGUUCACAACAAGGACCAGGACUGGACCAGGAGGUAUGGACCAGGAGGUAUGGACCAGGAGGUAUGGACCAGGAGGUAUG